UCACAACCGAGAAUAUUUGCCAAGUGUAUCCCUGUAAACACGCUGGUUUGCGCCGGAGAAAAAGUCGAUUGGCCCCCGCCCCGUAAACAUCUGGAGGGGACUCUUAUGGGUCAUAAUUCAGCAAGUCUGCUUGUUACCUAUUUUUAAAUAUCUCCUGAGGCUGCGGCCCGAGGGUUAACUGCCAGGCAGAGUUGACAGGGAAGCCAUGGAAGCAGCUGAGAAAGAGAAAAUCAGCGUUGAAGAUGAAGCUGUGGAUAAAACCAUUUUCAGAGACUGUAGCAAGAUUGCUUUCUACAGGCGGCAAAAGCAGCAUCUCUCCAAGAAUACCACCUACCGGGCUUUAUUAGGCUCAGCCACAACGGAACAGGACAGCACCAGGUUCCAAAUCAUCAGUGAAGCAACUAAGAUUCCUCUCAGAGCUGAAGUUUACGGUAUAGAGAAAAACAUUUUCAGACUUAAGAUCAAUGAAGAAACCCCACUGAAACCAAGGUAUGAAGUCCCCGACGUCGUCAGCAGCAAGCUGAAGACUGUAAGGCUGGUCUCUUGCUCAGGGGAUAUAGGCAGCCUGAUACUGACAGAUGGAAAAGGAGAUCUGAAGUGUUGUAUCUCAGCAAACCCAUUCAAGAUAGACUUGGUGUCUGAGAAUGAGGCUGUGAUCAGUGUCAACUCCCUGGGCCAGUUAUAUUUUGAGCACCUGCAGGUUCCUCACAAGCAGAGAGCUGCCAAAGGAAACGAGGAGAGUGCACCAGCUGAUGCUGCUCAGGAAAAUCAAGAGGAUCUAGGCCUAUGGGAAGAGAAAUUUGGAAAUUUUGUGGAUGUCAAAGCUAAUGGUCCUUCCUCUAUUGGUUUGGAUUUCUCCUUUCAUGGAUUUGAACAUCUCUAUGGUAUCCCUCAACAUGCAGAGUCACACCAGCUGAAAAAUACUAGAGAUGGAGAUGCAUACCGUCUUUACAAUCUGGACGUUUAUGGAUACCAAGUACAUGAUAAAAUGGGCAUAUAUGGUUCAGUGCCUUAUCUCCUGGCCCACAAACAGGGCAGGACUGUAGGCGUUUUCUGGCUGAAUGCCUCAGAAACACUAGUGGAGAUCAACACAGAGCCAGCGGUUGAGUAUACACUGACCCAGAUGGGCCCAGCGGCUGCCAAGCAAAAGGUCAGGUGUCGAACUAAUGUGCGCUGGAUGUCAGAGAGUGGGAUCAUUGAUGUUUUCCUGCUGACAGGACCUUCCCCUUCUGACGUCUUCAAGCAAUAUUCAUAUAUCACGGGCACACAAGCCAUGCCCCCUCUUUUUUCCUUGGGGUACCAUCAGUGUCGCUGGAACUAUGAAGACGAGCAGGAUGUGAAGGCAGUGGAUGCAGGCUUUGAUGAGCACGACAUUCCAUAUGACGUCAUGUGGCUGGACAUAGAGCACACCGAGGACAAGAAGUACUUCACCUGGGACAAAAAGAGAUUUGCAGACCCCAGAAGGAUGCAAGAGCUGCUCAGGAGCAAAAAACGGAAGCUUGUGGUUAUCAGUGACCCCCACAUCAAGGUGGACCCUGACUACACAGUCUACGCUAAAGCCAAACAACAGGGCUUCUUUGUGAAGAACCCUGAAGGUGGCGACUUCGAAGGCGUAUGCUGGCCUGGUCUCUCAUCUUACCUGGAUUUCACCAGUCCCAAGGUCAGAGAGUGGUAUUCCAGCCUUUUUGCUUUCACUGUUUAUCAGGGAUCUUCGGGUAUCCUCUUCAUAUGGAAUGACAUGAAUGAGCCCUCAGUCUUCAGAGGGCCAGAGCUAACCAUGCAAAAGAAUGCCGUUCAUUAUGGCAACUGGGAACACAGGGAACUUCACAACAUCUACGGGUUUUACCAGCAAAUGGCUACUGCAGAAGGAUUGAUACAGAGAUCUAAAGGGGAGGAGAGACCCUUUGUUCUUUCACGUUCGUUCUUUGCUGGAUCACAAAAAUAUGGUGCAGUCUGGACGGGAGACAACACAGCAGAGUGGAGCUAUCUGAAGAUCUCCAUCCCGAUGUUGCUCACCCUCAGUGUCUCAGGCAUCUCUUUCUGUGGAGCUGAUGUGGGUGGCUUCAUCGGCAAUCCUGAGGCAGAGCUGCUAGUGCGUUGGUACCAGGCUGGGGCUUACCAGCCCUUCUUCCGGGGCCAUGCUACGAUGAACACCAAGCGGCGAGAACCCUGGCUGUUUGGGGAAGAAAACACCAGGCUGAUCCGGGAAGCCAUCAGAGAGCGCUACACCCUCCUACCCUAUCUCUAUUCUCUGUUCUACCAUGUGCACAUGUCUUCUGAACCUGUCAUGAGGCCUCUGUGGGUCGAAUUUCCUGAUGACUUAGAAACUUUUGGUGUGGAUGAUGCAUACAUGCUGGGAAGUGCUUUAUUGGUUCAUCCAGUCACAGAACCACAGACCGCCAUGGUUGAUGUACUCCUGCCAGGGUCAAAUGAGGUCUGGUAUGACUCUAAGACGUUUGCACAUUGGAAAGGAGGGUGUACUGUGAAGAUCCCCGUAACCUUGGAUACUAUACCCGUGUUUCAGCGAGGCGGAAGUGUGGUGCCAGUAAGGACCACUGUAGGGAAGUCCACUGGCUGGAUGACUGGCGCCCCAUAUGGACUUCGAGUUGCCCUAAGUACUCAGGAUUCUGCUGUGGGAGAGCUGUAUCUCGAUGAUGGCCAUUCAUUCCAGUACCUCCACCAGAACCAGUUCUUACACCGCAAGUUUUCAUUCUGUUCCAGUGUCCUGACCAACAGGUGUGCUGAUGAGAAGGGUCGUUAUCCCAGCAAGGGCAUCGUAGAGCAGAUCCUGAUCUUAGGCCUUAAGAAGAAGCCAUCUUCCGUAACUACCCACUCAUCCGAUGGUGAAGUUCAGCCUGUGGCUUUUACAUAUUGCACCAAAACAUCCACCCUGAGUCUGAAGAAGCUUUCUCUGACCAUUGGUGAUGACUGGGAGGUCCAUGUGAGAUGAUGAGCAGUUGCCCUGCUGAGGGGCGCGGGAGCCCCCUGACCUCUCCACCUUCCUGGCCUUCGUCAAGAUCUGUGCUGCCAUCUAACUUGCUUCCCUGGGGAAAAUGAUGUUUCACUCAUCUCUAGCGCACUGAUGACAGGUAGAUUUCACGUUUUAAGAUUUUAGCCACGUGCAGUUACCCUCUCCUGUAAUCCCAGCACUCAGAAAGCUGGGGCAGAAGGAUCGUGAGUUCAAGACCAACUUAAGCUGUAUUGUAAGACCUUGUCUCAAAAAAAAAAAAAAAAUCAAAAAUAAGAUUUCAGAUUUCACACUUCAAGAUGUGUGGUUGACACUGCUCAAGCACUGCCCUUCCCUGCAGACCCUUAAAGCCCUGAGACACUGAAAGAGCUCAGUGAGUGGCUUGCCCUGGAGCAGGGCUACUCAGGAGCCCAUCUGUGGGGCACAGCCGCCUUGGCUGUUAGAGCAGCAGAGUUGCCCAAGCCAGUCUCCAAACAGAUGGCAGUGCCUUCCGUCAGCAGCAGCACAGGCACGCUGCAUGGGCAGAGCUACGGAACGUUCCCCUCCCUAGAGAGACUCAGGGGCCCAAGGAUCAGAUUUCCUUUCAUGCUUCUUGGAUUCAAAAGUACCAAGGCAGUCUCCAAAGAUUUACUCCUUUUAAUUAUAUUUUAUUAAAUACUAUCUGCUAUCCAAAGAAUAUUUAUAACCAUGAAUAUAGUAAGCUAUAAUUAGUAAUAAUGAAAUAAAUACCCACAUCCCACAAGUGAACUUCAAAAAUAGAGCACAUGGCUGGGACUCUAAUAACACAAGAGAGACUUGUGUUAGACACAACCAAUACCAAUAUGAAUAAUGUUUUAACACACUAUCUUUAAAAAGCAAAACGAACACGCACACCAGGCUGAUUCUAAAGGCACCGCAGUAUUAUUGAGUCUUCCUUUUGCAUUGGGUUCCAACCUGGCUUGGCACAGGCUAGAAUAUUGUAACAUACCCAUGCACCAUGAUGUUUCUGGCUCUGGAGACCCCUGCUGUCUGUGUAGCGGCUAUUGAGGUGGCCUCAAUUCUCAGCCUAUGAGCCUCUUGCUGCACUUACUACCUAUUUCCAACUGUCACCAUCUGCCUUUCCUUUUCUUAGCCACGGUACCCUCCCUUGCCUCCGCCUAUACAGAUCUUACCAUCCUUCCAGACCCAACCCAAAUCCCACUUUUCCUACUCUUAACCUGACACCCCAACCCUGCAGUACCCACUGGCAUUAUUUAGCCUUUCUCUGACAUGCUGCCCCACAAAUAAUUGUGCCCUACUUUGCAUUCUCAGGGAUGUGCCUUAAUAUUACAAGCAGGACUGUGUAUCUCUCUACUAUAGUGUAUGUUCUCUAAGAUCAUGUUCUAUUUCUCUCAUGCCUGUUACACCACUCCGGUAGCUUGAAUGAAACAUGUCCAGCCCCCUGUAGGCUCAUGAGCAGUGGUCCUUAGGUGGUGGCGCUGUUUGGGAAGUUAUGAAACUUUUAGGAGGUACAUUUUUACUAAAGGAAAUGUGUCAUUGAGGGCAGGCUUUCCUCCAUUUGUUUGUUUGUGCUGCUGAGAUGUGAUCUCUUCCUUAGCAGCCUGCUCCCUUGCUGUCAUGCCUCCCUUCCUGUUAUGGACUCUACCCAUGAAUGUAAGCUAAAAUAAACUCUUCUAUAAGUUGCUUUUGGUCAUGGUGUUUUGUCAUGGCUUUUCCUCUUCGUUUGCUUCCUGGUCAUGAGGUAGAUGCUUUUGCUUUGCCCCAAGAUUCUCCUAUGAUGUUCUGUUUUGUUUUGUUUUGUUUUUACAGGUCCAAAACAAUGGAGCUAAUUGAUA